UAUAGCUUGAAUAUUGCUAAGUGGAACGUUAAACAACAAACAAACAGCACCCGUCACACACCCUCAUCUACGCCAUACACUCAAUUACCAAUCUCAUCACAACAGAUGUUUGGCAAAUGAAGAAGGAUUCCCUUUUCAAACCAACCAACCGCCAAGACGCCAUGAUAAAUCCCGGCAUAAGACACUCCAGCUUUGCUGUACACAAACUAUCAAAUUUACCCAGCCCGGGUGUGCGAACCUUACCUACGCUAGAAUGACUAGCCCCUACUCGAAGUUACCCUAGCUGCUGGAGUACACCGAGCGGGGAACAAACACUCAACAUAAUGACAAUAACACAGAGGACAUCAAGACCAUUACCAAAACCAUGACAGGGAACGAAAUACCCGGCUUCGAGUCUUUCCGUUCAGGCUUCUCAGCAAACAGCCCUCGGGGUAGAAUGUUUGACUCGUGCAGGGAGUUUACACACGAUCGUGUGUGGUUCUGAUUCUCGCAGUCCCGGCUUGAUCAUAAUAUUUGGCCAUGGAGAUAUACGAGAUAAGCUCGUGGUGUUUAACAACGGGUUGUCCGCACUCUGUCUUGGUUGUAGGUUGUUCGGUGCUUUUGUCAGAGCGUAAGAGGAGUUGUUGAGUUUAGGAACAUCGACAUAUGAAAAAAGCCUAAGGAGUGACUUAAGGUAUAGGGUUUACGAACAUACCGAUCGUGUAUUGUUACCGGACCAGGGACAAGAUCCUUGGUGAUAUCCAUUUUGUUUUCUGUGAUUGUUGUGUGGGAAUAGUCACUUCCUGUUAAUACUUUACUCAGAAACGAGAGGCAGUAUCGGCCAUGGUUAAUUCUACCCGUGGAAUGAUGUGACAAAGAGCAAUGCAACUGUAAGCAUUUAAAAGCUUUAAAAUGACAGCCAGUGGUCAACGAAGUUAUCCGAGUAAUGGCAACCUUAGGGUUGUAAAACUCGACUACAGUGUUACCUACCGGGACAAUGACAGCCUUGGUGAUAACCUGACCUCUCACCUCGAAUCUCUGCAGAAAGUUCACUUCCGGGUCAAUAAGGACAAGGAUGACGUAAUACAAAAUUUAAAGAAGGACGUUGAGAAAAUCCAAAGUCUGAGAGAAGUCGUUAAUCAGAGAGAUACGAGUAAAGAAAUUUCAAAUAUUUUUUCAAAAUCUAACAAAGAUCAAGAGGAGGGAGGUAACGGGACAUCUUCAUCAGAAACGUCUCGCGUCAGUCGAAGACUUCAGAAAGAAAGAGAAAGGUUCAGUGCAAAGAACCAUUUCAAUGUGGUUCUGCCAAAAUGGAACCCGCUUUCUGAUAUUAGUGACAGGAAACAAUUUGCACCAGCGUCUGUGCCUAUUCAAAAAGUAACGGUAACAACACCGACAGAUGACAACAGGAAGCAGUCUAGGCCCAAAGGGUACUUGCAGAUGACAUCAUCGUCUCGUCACAGACUAGCGAGACCAAUGUCCGUUCCAGCCAUGGUGGAUUCUAGCAAACCAUACAGCAGUGAGGCAACGCGUUCCCAGAGUGCAUCGCGGUCUAGGAGGCAGCUGGAAGAAUUAAGUAGAAUUGAAUUAAGCUGGGCGGAACCUAAACUCUUCACGCCAUUUGACCAGAGACAGGGUUUCCUCACGGACUUGAAGAAGCACCAAAGACAUCUUCAGACCAAGGUGUCAAACUUUGUCACAGACAUGGACCGUUUUAAUAAGCGCAACAAGAAGGAUGCUUUGGCUAAGUACCUAGAUACGUAAUCUAUGCAUGACUCAAAUACAGGAUUGACUCAAAGAAUGUGUCGUAUCAUAUCAACCUUAACGGUAGACAUCGAAGAUUAUCGAAGUUUUGGAUAAUCUCAAAGCAUGGUUUUUGGUUCGUAGGAUUUUUAAGUCAGUUCUCGAGUUGCUCGAGAUACGGUCAAUCAAAUUGUUGUACAUGUACGUGCAGACGUAAGUAAAACACAACAUCGUUUCUAUUAGUUCCAACUGAGUCCGUAGAUGCACUAUCGUGCCACUGGCUUUUCUGUUUCAGCGAUCACUAAAAUGUCUGUUCUGUUCACAUGGCAGGAGGGGCUGG